AAACAGUGGACAAGUUUGACUUUUUCUGUAUAUUUCUAUUUUCCUUAUAAAUAGAAGCCAGCCGUGUUUUCCUGUCCUCCAUUUUCUAUUCGUCUCCGCCGUCCCUUCCUUACACCCACCACCAGCACUAACACGCAUAUACUCCGCCACCCAAUUCUCAGGAUAAGGUUUUGAAUAAUCGAAAAUGUUAGAACAGCUACUGAUUUUUACUAGAGGAGGAUUAAUUUUAUGGACCUGUAAAGAACUAAGGGAUGCUCUUAAAGGAUCUCCAAUCGAUACUUUGAUUAGAUCGUGUUUGUUAGAAGAAAGAUCUGCAGAUUCCUCAUAUCAUUAUGAAGCUCCUGGUGCUGCUUACACUUUGAAAUGGACAUUCAACAAUGAUCUUGGUUUGAUUUUUGUUGCUGUUUAUCAGAAGAUUCUUCAUCUUCUUUAUGUUGAUGAUCUUCUCUCUAUGGUGAAGAAAGAAUUUUCUGAGAUUUAUGAUCCUAAGCGGACAAACUAUUAUGAUUUUGAUGAUGUUUUUCGUCAGUUGAGGAAUGAGGUUGAAGCUAGGGCGGAGGAGUUGAAGAAAUCGAAGCAAGUAGGGAGGGCUGCUCCAGUUGCUUUGGGUAAGAAACAAGGGGGGACUUCAAUUGUGAGAUCAGAUGGAAAGCAGAAUGGGAAUACCUCUAGCAAAGAUGGUGGGGAUAGUGAUUCUGCAAAAGAGCAUAAGGAGAAUGGAAACUCUAAUGGUCAUCAAAACAGGGUUAAGAAAAAUGUUGUUGUUAAUAAUAAUAAUAAAGAGAAUAGAGAUUCUGAGGCUUUUGAUGUAAAUAAGCUUCUUAAACUCAGAUCAAAAGGUGUAAAGAAACAAGAAAGUGUUGUUACAAAGGCUCCUCCGAAGGCGGAGCCAAAGAAAAAAGCAACAAAGAAAAAUAGAGUUUGGGAUGAUUCACCACCAGAGACCAAGCUGGAUUUCGCAGAUCCUGUUGAUGAGAGAGGGAUUGAGGACAUGGAAGUUGUUACAGAGAAUCAUGGUGAAAGUAUGAUGGACAAAGAGGAAGUUUUUAGCAGUGAUAGCGAAAGUGAGGAGGAGGAGGAUGAGGAAGCUGGCAAGGACCCCAAGAUCGAUGAGAAAAAGAAAGGAUGGUUUUCGUCAAUGUUUCAGAGCAUUGCAGGAAAAGCAAAUCUAGAGAUGUCAGACCUGGAACCAGCUCUCAAAGCUCUUAAAGAUAGGCUCUUGACUAAGAAUGUGGCUGAAGAAAUAGCUGAGAAGCUUUGUGAAUCCGUAGCGGCUAGUCUUGUAGGAAAAAAACUGGCUUCAUUCACUAGAGUGUCAUCAACAGUUCAGGCAGCAAUGGAAGACGCCCUUGUUCGCAUUUUAACUCCCAAGCGCUCUAUCGAUGUAUUGAGGGAUGUGCAUGCUGCCAAGGAGCAAGGGAGGCCAUAUGUAAUCACUUUUGUUGGUGUAAAUGGAGUCGGAAAGUCUACCAACCUUGCUAAGAUAGCAUACUGGCUUCAGCAGCACAAUAUCAGUGUUAUGAUGGCCGCUUGCGAUACAUUCAGGUCAGGGGCAGUUGAACAGCUUCGAACUCAUGCUCGUAGGCUCCAGAUUCCUAUAUUUGAGAAAGGUUAUGAAAGAGAUCCUGCUGUUGUAGCAAAGGAAGCCAUCCAAGAAGCAAGCCGAACCGGUUCUGACGUGGUGCUUGUUGAUACAGCUGGGCGUAUGCAGGAUAACGAGCCAUUGAUGAGGGCCCUCUCAAAGCUUAUAUCCCUCAACAGUCCAGACUUAGUUCUGUUUGUUGGAGAAGCACUGGUUGGCAAUGAUGCUGUAGAUCAACUAUCAAAGUUCAAUCAGAAAUUGGCAGAUCUCUCAAACUCGCCUACUUCCAGGGUGAUUGAUGGGAUUGUGCUCACAAAGUUCGAUUGUAUUGAUGAUAAGGUUGGAGCUGCACUUUCGAUGGUGUAUAUAUCGGGAGCACCAGUGAUGUUUGUUGGUUGUGGACAGUCCUAUACAGAUUUGAAGAAGCUGAAUGUCAAAACAAUUGUCAAGACUCUCCUCAAGUAAAAGAAAUUCCCCUCAUUGAAAAAGCUCUGUCCAGAUUACAUGCUAAAGAUCGACUAGUCAGGAGGAAUAGCUAUAGAUUGGUUUCCUGGUGUUUCGACUUCUGAUUAAAAUUCAGGAUAAUGUAUGUCUCCUUUAUUUGUGGUGCCUUAGACCCUGUGAGAGUUGGGCAAUUGAAUUUUCUACAUGUUAGGAAUUUUAUAUUGCACAAAACUAAGAAAGGUGGUGGAACUACUUCUAGCAGGCUCGUAUGUCUAUAGUUGCAUUCUUAACUUAGGUUUAAUCAGUUUCACAGAAUCAGUCUGCUUUUAUUCCUAAGGUAAUAUUGCUGUAGCCCAUGAAGUUCUUCAUACCAUGAAGACCGGUUAAAGAAAAGUUGGUCACAUGACCUUAAAGCUUGACCUUCUUCCUAAAGCAUUUUGAUAGGCAGCUAGAAUGGAGUUUCAUAAUCUAGGUUUUUUUGCAUGAUUAAGUUUUUCUACUGAAUUUUGUGAUCUUAUUCUUAUCUAUAUGUAUUAUGUGCAUUUCAACCGUUUCUUA